UAAGUAUAUCAUCACACUACGUAAAACAAAGCAUAUGUCGUCCGAUUGCAUCUGCAAGAUUCCAAUUCCAGUUACAAUUCACGCGAUACGUUCAUCACAAACCAAAAACAUCGAUUGGAUGACAAUAUACCAAUUUGCCAGUUUAUAAUUUUGAAUUUCUCUCACGACAUCAGAUCUCUGACGAAUUUUCAGAUGAAACUUUCAUUUCUAAGUGGUCGUCGAUUUCGUCAAUUUCUAGAUUUAUUGCUGUCGUCGUCAUUAUCAUCAUGUAUACUGGUAAUCUGCUAGGGUUCGGUCUCGCCGUCUCUUCUAGUGCAUUCAUCGGAUCAAGUUUCAUUAUAAAAAAGAAAGGUCUCCAAAGGGCUGGUGCUUCUGGUGCUCGCGCGGGCUCAGGAGGCUACGGUUAUCUGCUGGAGCCACUAUGGUGGAUUGGCAUGUUCACUAUGGUUGUUGGAGAAUUUGCCAAUUUUGUAGCUUACAUCUAUGCUCCAGCAGUGCUUGUGACUCCACUAGGAGCAUUGAGUAUUAUCGUGAGUGCUGUUCUAGCACAUUUUUUACUGAAUGAGAAACUGAGGAAAGUGGGAGUACUGGGGUGUGUGCUUUGCAUAAUGGGUUCCACUGUUAUUGUGCUUCAUGCCCCUGCUGAACAUGCCAUAAGCUCUGUGGAAGAAAUUUGGGACUUAGCAACACAACCAACUUUUCUUUUGUAUACAGCAUCAGCAAUAGCUGUGGUGUUGGUAUUGGUGUUGUACUGUGAACCACGCUAUGGGCAGACUAAUAUGAUGGUGUAUAUUGGCGUAUGUUCCAUAAAUGGUUCAAUAACGGUUAUGAGCGUGAAAGCAAUAGGUAUCGCGAUAAAACUUACAUUAGAAGGCUCAAGCCAGGUGGCAAGCUACCAAACAUGGAUUUUUGUAAUGGUAGCUGUUACAUGCAUAAUCACUCAGUUGAAUUACUUAAACAAGGCUUUGGACACAUUUAAUACCGCAGUUGUUUCACCAAUCUAUUAUGCCAUGUUCACAUCAUUCACAAUUCUCGCAAGUGCUAUCAUGUUCAAGGACUGGUCUGGUCAGAGUGCUAGCACCAUUAUUUCUGUGCUUUGUGGGUUCAUGACUGUACUUUCUGGUACCAUGAUUUUGCACACUACAAGAGAACCUGAUCAACCACCUGUUUCAGACAUGUAUUCAUCACUUUCUCCUCAAAUAUCAUGGAUUGUGCAUGCAAAUGGUGAAAUAUGGAAGCACAAGGAUAAUGAAGAAUCAUGCCCCCCUGAAGUUGUUGCAAUAAUUCAACCAGAUCAUUUCAAAUGACAUACUUUUAGAAUGCAUACACACUACUGACUUUGAUUAAGAAUGCAGAAUGCAGAAGAAUGCCUCAAAAGUCAAAUAUGAUGUUGAUGCCAAUCACCCGAUGCAAGGAGAGGAGGAAGUAUUCUUGGCUUUCUGAAAGAUAUUCAUCUAACAUGGUGACGUGAUCUUUAUUUUUCUUUUUUCAUCUGUGAAAAUAGAAGAAACUUAUAUUUGUGUUUGGGAUCUUCAUCUCAUUAUAGGCCCCAAAACCAAAAGUAGUAUAAUAUUUAUUAUUAUUUCUUCUGUAUUACAAUUUAGUAGUGCAUGUAGGUGGUGUUAUGUUUUGUAAAUGCUCAACACAAACAGACAGUGUAUACCUUUGUUUUCAGUUUUCAA